GCGCCGCGCACCCACCGGGCACCCACCGGAGAGCCGUCCCGGGGCCAGCGGGGAAGCGCAGGAUGGAAACCCUGGACGAGUUUGACAACGAAUACCCGCUCCACAUCUCCUUUUGCGAGCGCAUCUCCCCCGAGGAUUUCGAGAGGCAGGGCCUGAGCUAUACCCAGAAGGCGCUGCGGGAGCUGUACGCCCAAAUGGAGCAGAACCCGGGCGCCUGCGAACGGGUGGCGCGCAAGAGGAAGCAGGCAGAGAAUGAGAAAGCCAGCUUGGUGCACUACCUGAAGGCCAAAUUCUUUUCCCUGCUUCAAGGGGAUGUAAAUUGCAGCAACGCGCUGGGAGAACUGGAAAUGGAGGAGCAAAUAGAGCAACUGAAACGUGAGAUGGAGAAAGCCAACAAUUAUGCCCGCGCGGCCAAGAGUUCCUCCUGGAGACUGUCACAGGUGAGGACCCGGAAGACCAUCCCCUCGGGAGGAUUCAAGCCCAACCAGACCAAACCUCUGCGGCCAGAUGCUCCGGAGAUGCCCAGAAUCUUUGGUCCUGUCCCGAAGCAGCAGAUGGAGAAGACUCUGGGUCCCCCCUCCGACCUGAAGCAGCUCUGGGCCGGCAUGUCCUCCGUCAGUCAGAAGAGCAUGGUUGACCUGCGUCCCUUUAUGCUGAACCCUGGCGGUUUCCGUCCCUCAUUCCUGGGGAGCAGCUCCAUCAACCAGAUAAGAUAUUCUGGUUUCCCGGGGUUCCCUGCCGGCAACUCCACGCUAUCUUCUCCAAGCGCAGCUCCCCCCGGCAAUGCUUCGCCUUUCGGCACCCCAGUUCUGGCUAAGUUCAAAGGCACCAAAGAGGACGAGAAGGAGAACGAAGCCCCAGGCCCGGAUGUCAACCCUACAGGGGCCUAGAUGUGCUUUGAUGUAUGGGAAGAUGCUAUGCGAAAUAAAGACCGGUGCAGUC